UCUUAUCUUCAAGUGAGCUAGCUAAAUCCGUUAAACCCCCAGAGAGAUCGUAAUUCGUAACCAUCGCCGUGAAAAUUCCUCAGCUUCCGCCACCAAUGGCACUAACCCAGAUAGUGAAUCCAAUCAUAUGCCCAGCUCCCACUAUCCCCCGGCGCUUCGCGGCGAUCUCGCCACUUAAAACCCUAAACCCCCAAUUUUCCCGCCACACACCUCACGUUAAAGCACUCUCUCGCAGACUCUUCCUUCCUUCUGUCUCCUCGAUUUGGGAUGCCAUAACAGGUGGCGGAGAUUCGAAUCCCCGUGAAGCCAUCGCAGCGAUUCGAAACGGAAUGCAACUCUUCAGACAGGGUGAUGUUUCUGGAUCGGUGACAGAGUUUGAUAAAGCUAUUGUGUUGGAUUCCCGACAAAAGGCAUAUCUUUGGCAACGUGGGCUUUCUCUUUACUAUAUGGAUAGGUUUGAAGAAGGUGCAGAACAGUUCAGGUUAGAUGUUGCUCAAAACCCAAAUGACACUGAGGAAUCGAUUUGGUGCUUUCUCUGUGAGGCUCGGCUUCACGGUGUCGAUGUUGCACGAAAACAAUUUCUUGAGGUUGGUAGAGAUUCUCGGCCUGUGAUGAGGGAAGCUUAUAACCUAUUCAAGAACGGUGGUGAUCCUGAAAAGUUGGUUAAUGACUUCUCGAGUGGUCAAGCAAGUGAAGUCUUCUACGCUUCAUUGUAUGCAGGGCUCUACUAUGAAGCUGAGGGUAAAUCAGAAAAGGCAAAGUUUCACAUAACCGCGGCUUGUGGAUCUCCAUAUGGGCAGAGGUCUGAUGAUUACAUGGCUUCACUUGCUAAAGUUCACUGCCUUUGUAGAAACUGGAGCUCCGGUUUAGUUUGAAACGGUUUUAGGCUUUUCUUGGAGCCCUCUUGUUUGUAUGUAUUUCUUGAAGGCCCAAUUGUGAAAUAAUAGCCCAAUUAAAAGAUGUCAUUAUCUUCCUUGAUAACUAAGAUCUCAAUAUUCCCUAA